GGGGACCAAGAUGACGUCAGGGGGCCCGGCGAGCACCAGGUCAGUGUCCAGCCUGCCAGCGGAGGUGACGCGUGCUGGUGUAAACAUUAACUGUUCUUUACGUCUUUAACGCUUAUGUUGUGAUGGUUCCCAGUAUGGAGCCUGGGAGGAGGGGGACCAUGGUGGCCCUCUUGAUGACUGCUACCAUGAUGACUGUGGUGGUGACGACGGCACAAGAGACUCUACUAACGUCGCCAGACCUGCGGCUUAAGUCUUUGAUGGCAGAAGAGGGCAGCGCACUGGACACCCUGCAAGACCUUGAUGUAUACAUGGACUCUCUGGCGGACUUUGCACGCCUCUACAUCUCGAAGGCCUUCACUGAAGAAGCUCGCCGUUAUCGUCGGGCUUUAGACAUUGCGUCUGUGAAGGUAACUGGGUCGGAGGUAGAAAAGUUUGAGCUGGAGGAAGCUCCUGGGGACACGGUCUCGUGGACGAAACAUGUGACUGGCGUGCACCGUCUGACCCACCAAGGCUACUGUUACUGGAUCCUAGGCGCUCCCAGGCUUGAAGACCAGAGGGUUGUGGCUUGGUCUCCCGUCACCCGCUCCCUGAAGACCAUAGCAAAGUUCCAGCUGACCUUCACCAGUCUCGCCAUGGUUGACAAGAUCGCAGCUCGUGUGCACUCUGGCUUCCUUGUCCUCGCUCUGGGGUCCUCGGAGUCGAGGUUUGUAAGCAUAGUGUGCAUUAAUCUGCUGACGGGGCAGCUGCAGAUGCCUCAAGUUAUUCCUUCGAGGGGUGUAGUGGGGGACCUGCACUUGUUCGAGGCUCUGGCCAAGCUGUACUUGGUGGUGGGGGAGAGUUACUACACCACCCCGGGGGACGGCGCCGCCCACUCUGCGAUGUACGUGAUGGUCGGGGACUACUUCGACUACUUAGACGGCCUCCAGUUUAAGGCUUCUGGCGUGAGAGACAUCACGGGUUUCGCAGAUCGUGGCAACUAUUACUUGAUAUUCGGCAUGAAGUCUGUGGAGGGGUCGUGCUUGUACGAGUUCAACAUGGCCCACGAGACCUUGACCCUAGUGCAGCAGGUGUCGGAAACGGACGUCUUGGGAGUCCUCCACUACACUGACAGUCAUGACCACAAGCACUACGUGAUCUUCGUCAGCACUAACGCGCCGCAGAUCUAUUGGUGGAGCAGUAACCAGCUGAGAAAGUGGCAAGUGUUGCAGCACCCGGCAGCUGCAGGAGUUGUCAGUAGUGUUGAAGUGCUGGCCUUGCCCAACCUUGAGAACAUUAUCUUCAUCUCGUCUGGGGCAACUAUCACCUUGUACGGGGACGACCUGACGGGUCACUACUCGGAGAGCUUCUCCGUCCACACCGCCUGCCUCGCUGUCCACGACCUCCGUGCAGUCGCGCUCGGCUCAAGCUACUACCUCUUCUAUGUUUGCGUCGGAGCAGUCAACAGAUUAGAGGCCAGAGUUAUCUACUUGCAAGAUGUAGUGUUGGGCGAAGGGCACACGGAAGGAGAUCCGCUGUUGAGGUGUCUGACGGAACUGACUCGUAUGAUGGACGAGCGGAAGGCUGAUAUUGCUUACUUGGAGGAUGUGGUCGCCAAGGACUCCCUUAUGACUGUUGACCAUCCCCAGGUAUGGCGUGGACCCGUGACGGUGCCGGAGGUGUCUGUGACGGGCAAGACGACAGCCGCCCACACCACAGUCGUCAGCUACUCUACCACCGCCAUGACCACCAAUCAGACUAUGGAAGAAUACAGAACUGCAGUAGCAAAGCUGCGGAGUGAUGUUGACGUGGUGAACGGUCAACUGUCGACGGUAAUGUUCCACUCCGGGUCGCAGACCAUCACUGGACCCAUCACUGCCACUUCCCUCACUGUGGACAACCUCCACAUGGAUGGUCUACUGCUGAAAAUGGUGAAUGGUGUUGCAUUAAAUAGAAUUGGACAAGAGUUCCUAGUGGACGGUGUGGACCAGACCAUUGAAGGCUUGUGGCAUGCUGACCACCUCUUCGUGGACACCUUCAGCACUCGCAUCACCUCUCCCCCGGGCUCCAUCUCUGGCAGCCUCACCACUGAUUACAUGCGUCGUGGGAGGCGCGGGCAGGUGGUGACUGGCCGCCACACCUACACGAGGCUAUUGGCUGCACACGUAUAUCACAGGCUCUGCCACAACUUCUCCAUCAACAUUAAUGGUGUAGAAACUGCAACAAUAGUCACGCGGGGAGCCAACGUCACUUUCCUCGGCAAGAAGAUUUUCGGUAACCUAACAAUAGACGAGACCUUGGAUGCCAACAGUAUAAACUCGGUGAUGGUUAAGGAUAUGGCGAGCCGGGUGGUGUACAAGGGUGUACCCGCCCUCCAGCUGUUAGUGGGCAACUACACCAUUGGUAGCGUCUUGGUCAAGGGCAAUGUUGCCGCAGCUUCCAUCAACGGCAUCAAUGUUGUAGAGCUUGACAACAACGUCGUGAAGAAGCACGGAAGCUACAAACUGGCGGGCGGUCUGGUGUAUAAGAAAGAUGUAGUGGUGUCUGGGUCGGUGCAGGCAGACUCCAUCAACGGAGAGUUAUGGACCAACUUGGUGGACAGAAACUCUACAGACCUGAUCACUGGAACCUACCACUUCUCUGAUGUCACAAUUACUGGUUCUUUAGACUCUAACAACAUUAAUGGCCUGGAUUUGAGUAAGACAGUGGUGCUGAUAGACGCUACCCAGACAAUAUAUGGACGCAUAGUGUUGGAGGAGUCUGUGAGCGUGAGUGGCGCGGAAGGUGUGGUGCUGGAGGCCGGGGCCACCAUAAACAAUAUCCGACCCUCCAGCCUACACCCUCCAACCCUAAACGGAACGCUUGUUAUUGACCAAGACAUUAGUUUCCUCGCACCUCUGCUAGUGGGCGGUGACGUGAAGGCGGACAGUGUUAACGGCUUGGUGCUGGAGUCUCUAGCAACUCGCUACUGGCGCAAGUCUGCUCCCCACACCUUCAAUACUUCGGUUUAUAUUCAAAAUGUUGUUUUUGCGGGCCCGGUGUUGGGAGAAACUGUGAACGGGUUGCCGCUGACAGACUACCUUCACAAGUCUACACCAGAAACUGUUUACGGCAACUACACUUUCCAGGGCAAGGUAGUGGUGAAGGGUAAUAUUUUGCUGGAGGCCGGGAACACGAUGGACAACGUGGACGUGUCUGAACUACUGGAUAAAGUAGUUACUCUAAACACUCCCCAAACUAUUACUGGCCAUAAGAGCUUCCUUGGGAAAGUGAACAUAGCUGGAGACCUAAACUUGCAAGGCAGACUAAAUGGUUUGGAUGUGGCCACGGAUCUCUUGAGGCUCGACCAGAACCUCCCACAAACUGGGAGUCUAACUUUCACAAACAGAAUAGAAAUGACGACUCUGGAUGUGGUGAGGUCCGAUGUGGUGGUGGAGUCUGUGAAUGGUCAGGAGGUGGCGCGUGCUGCUGCCGACCUGGUGCUGCUGGGGGAGAGCGCCACCGUUGCUGGUGCUGAUGGACUGCGGUUUACGGGAGAUGUCCACGUGCACACCCUGGUCGCUGGUAUGGUUGAUGGGAUAGACUUGGAGAACAUGGUGAAGACGGCCGUGAAGAAGUCCUCCCAGACGCCUCAACAUAUUACCUCCAGAGUCACGGUUGAGAAGGAUGUCAUCUUCAAGGAAUUGUCUGUCGUCAGAGUUAACGGAGAAGAUUGGACCGAUUAUUUAAAUAAUGUAGUUUCUGUGAACUACAGUGGCGAGAUAGUGGGCCGGAAAGUGUUCACGAAGCCCCUGUACGUGAAGGCAAACUUCAACCCUAAGGUGGUCAAUGGUAUAAACUUGAAUGUGCUGGCUGCUAGGAUUCUGAGGCGCGCGGGGGAACAAAUGAUAAAUGGUACAUACACCUUCAACGCCAGCAUUACUGCAAGAGAAUUGUUCGCCCAAGUAAUUGAUGGUGUCAAUAUGGACACCAUCAUGCUAGUUGAUGAGGGUAGAGAUGUGGCUGGGUUGGUCACCUUUGCUGAAGAAGUCGCUUUCUUUGGGCUGACUUCAGAUACCGAUGUCUUGGACGGCUGCGACUUGGGCAAGCUUCAAAGUGGAGCCAUGUGGAAAGAUGGUUCGGAUCUAAAGAUAGAUUCUGAGGUAAUGAUAGACACGCUCGUCAUUGAAGGAGAAGCGAUAGCCAGCGAGGUGUCGGCGGUCAAGGCUGGAAACAAGGUGGACGUGGUACACUUCCUCGACACUCUGGUGCUGAAGUCUUCUGAUCAAGUUAUUACAGGCAUGGUGCAGUUCCUCAAUGACAUACAUAUUGGCCAUCUUCAAGUAGACACGAUAAACGAUGUACAAAUAAGAGAGUUGAUACGCUUGGCUGUAAUGACGAGCGAAGAUGUGGUAAUUACGUGCGACUUGAGCUUCACCAAGGGCGUGACAGUGAAGACACUGGAGGUGAAGACAGUGAUGGGUGGUGAUGGUGGCGUUCUUGUUAACGGCGUGAACAUCUCUGACGUCGCUAGUCGGGCUGUCCUCACCACUGGCGGCCCAGUCAUGGUCACGGGCAAGAAGCUCUUCACAAAAGGUCUCGCUGUUGAUCAACUUGUUGCUGUGUCGGUGAGUGGCGUGGCUGUGAAGGACUUGGUGGUGAUGGCCAGAACUGAUGCUAUGGCGAAGGACCUGACUUUUACUGCCCCAAUUUCUGUUCUUGGAGACCUUAUGGUAUCUGGGUUGGUGGAUGGCCAGGACCUGACGCGCCUCUUCUCCUCCAGGGUUGUGCUUAAUGCUUCCCAGACACUCUUCGCCUCUUACACCUUCGACACACUAAUAGUUGAAGGUGACCUACAGGUGGACACGAUAAAUGGGGUGCGGAUCUCUGAGCUGGUCUUGAAGUUUGGCAGACAACACCAGGUUGUCUCUGGCAGCAAGCUCUUGCGUGGCGGCCUUCACGUGGAUGGAGACAUAAUUCUCUCUACUAUCAAUGGUUUGGACAUUUGGCAGCUAAAUAAUACCGUAGCAAGACUGGACCACAACAUCACGAUAAAUGCUCCAGUGACCUUCGAGAAUAAGGUGACUUGUUCGGUGAAGGUGUUUGUGAAAGAGACCGUCAAUAAUUUUGACCUCUCUGAGCUGAGUCGCAACGUUUCCAGUAUUAAAGAAAAGAUAACAGACCAGUACCACAGAAUAGAUAAUCUUCUUGGUCAGUUUGGGUCCAUUAAUAAAGAAAAUUACAAGAAUGCCGAAGGCCUGUAUGCAGAGUUAUCGUACUUGGAGAGGCUUGACCUUCCCGGCGACACUGAUGUGUAUGGAACACUGUGGGUUGGUAACAUACCUGCCGAGGGCCCGGGUCAGUACCUCAAGAUCAUUAGCUGCCCACAACCUCCCUGUGGCUGUGACUCUGAAUGCUUCUACUACAAGGUUAAGAACAACACAAGAUUGGAGCUAGUGACUAAGCUUGGAAUCAGGAUAGACAUUGUAAACGAUCCCUUGAAUAAUGAACGCCUUGUGGCAAUCUACUCAAAGUGUGAGAAUGGCCUGCCAAAAGCAGCUGUAGAUGUAGACUACUAUGUAGGAAAGCUUUCCAUAGCAACCUACAAAGUUAUGGGCAUGGUGUUGGACACUGGCUUAUUCACUUCCAAGGGGACCACUUAUUUCGUUAUAUUGCUUAGUUAUGUCGAAGGCACACAUGCUACGGAGAAAUGGAUUACUGUUGUGCUGAAAUUAGAUGCAGUUGCUAAACAGAUUACAACGGUCUGGAAAAGGGAAUCGCCAUUACGUGCUGUCAGCUUGGACUUGGCUUUUACUGAUGCAUCAUGGUUCUUGUUGGUGGUUAAUGACUAUGAUCCUGACAACCACAUUACUCCCUACACUGUGGCAUCGCAACUCUUCGUCUGGAACCAUUCUUCAGAAAUGUUCACCCUGAAAGGAGAGUAUGUUGCAGACCAUGCAACAUCUGGUAGGUUCUUGACGGCAGCGACUCCUGUGGAGACUAGUUUCUUUACUAUAUCACAGCUAAAGGAGGCAGACUCUGCAAAAUUUACAGACUGUGCAAAAUACACGGCAAAACUAUUGAUAUUUAGAUACAAUAAAAAGACUAGAAAUUUUGAAGGUUUCCAGUCUUUGGCUGUAUAUGGAGUAGUGGAUCAAGCCGUGAUGAGUGUGGAUGACAACCUUUACCUACUGCUCGUGUCUACUGUUAACAACGCUUUGUAUGUGUGUCAAUACUUCCAUUCUGAGGGAUUCACCUUGCUGUACAAAAUAAGUGUGGAAAAGCCUUACUCUGUACUGGUUGUGAAGAUGGAGGACCAGAAGUUUGUGGUGGUGUCAACCAUGCAUGGCCUUGUGAGGCUCAAAGUACACAUAAAGGGUGUAAAUCCAGAUCUGUUGCUACUAGAAUGAUGGCAGUUACCCGAUGCCUGUUGACAGUAUAUUAAAUGCUUUUUUUCGUAACUUUUAUUAAUAAAUUAGAGCUACACUAA